GAGCGAGGAAGAGGAGGAGGAGCUGAAGGUCACAGCUGCAGGAGCAUCCUCAGCCUCCUCAUCAGCACCGACCGCCGGGCCGGACCGGGCCGCCGUCAUGGGGAACCGGGGCAUGGAGGAGCUGAUCCCGCUGGUGAACCGGCUCCAGGACGCCUUCUCCUCCAUCGGGCAGAACGCCGAGCUGGACCUGCCGCAGAUCGCCGUGGUGGGCGGCCAGAGCGCCGGCAAGAGCUCCGUGCUGGAGAACUUCGUGGGCAAGGACUUCCUUCCUCGUGGUUCAGGAAUCGUCACUCGGCGCCCCUUGGUGCUUCAGCUCAUCAACUGUCCAACAGAGUAUGCAGAGUUCCUGCACUGCAAAGGGAAGAAGUUCACUGAUUUUGAUGAAGUUCGUCAGGAGAUCGAGGCUGAAACGGAUCGAGUGACAGGACACAACAAAGGAAUCAGUCCUGUUCCCAUCAACCUGAGAGUGUACUCUCCCAAUGUGCUGAACCUGACUCUGGUGGACCUUCCGGGGAUGACAAAGGUUCCAGUGGGCGACCAGCCGGCAGACAUCGAGCACCAGAUCAGAGAAAUGCUCAUGCAGUUUGUCACCAAGGACAACUGUCUCCUGUUGGCGGUUUCUCCAGCCAACUCUGACCUUGCCAACUCAGAUGCUUUGAAGAUCGCCAAGGAGGUAGAUCCACAAGGUCUGAGGACUAUCGGCGUCAUCACCAAACUGGACUUGAUGGACGAAGGAACCGAUGCCAGAGAUAUUCUGGAGAACAAACUUCUGCCGCUACGCAGAGGUUACAUCGGGGUGGUGAAUCGCAGUCAGAAAGACAUUGAUGGGAAGAAAGACAUCACGGCAGCUCUGCAGGCUGAGAGGAAGUUCUUCCUGUCUCAUCCUGCGUAUCGUCACCUGGCGGACCGUAUGGGCACCGCCUACCUGCAGAAAGUCCUCAACCAGCAACUAACCAACCACAUCCGGGACACGUUGCCAGGGUUACGCAGUAAACUCCAGAGCCAACUUCUGUCCAUCGAGAAGGAGGUAGAGGAGUAUAAGAACUUUAGACCAGAUGACCCGAGCCGCAAGACCAAGGCCCUGCUGCAGAUGGUACAACAGUUCGCUGUGGACUUUGAGAAACGGAUCGAAGGUUCUGGAGACCAGGUGGACACAUACGAGCUUUCAGGAGGGGCGAAAAUCAAUCGUGUCUUCCAUGAGCGAUUUCCCUUCGAACUGGUCAAGCUGGAGAGCGAUGAGAAGACGCUACGUAAGGAAAUCAGCUAUGCCAUCAAGAACAUCCACGGAAUCAGGACGGGUCUGUUCACACCUGACAUGGCGUUCGAGACCAUCGUAAAGCGUCAGAUUGCUCAGCUCAAAGAGCCGUGUCAGAAGUGUGUGGACCUGGUGAUCAACGAGCUUGUCAACACUGUGAGGCAGUGUACACAGAAGUUGGCUCAGUAUCCAAUGCUCCGAGAGGAAAUGGAGAGAAUCGUCACUCAGCACAUAAGAGACCGAGAGAGUCGUACUAAAGGCCAGGUGAUGCUACUGAUUGACAUUGAGCUAGCUUACGUCAACACCAACCACGAGGACUUCAUCGGCUUUGCAAAUGCUCAGCAGAAAAGCAGUCAGAUGAGCAAGAAGAAGGCGACAGGAAACCAGGACGAGAUCAUGGUGAUUCGUAAAGGUUGGCUCACCAUCAACAACAUCAGCAUCAUGAAGGGCGGAGCCAAAGAGUACUGGUUCAUCCUGACCGCAGAGGCUCUGUCCUGGUACAAAGAUGACGAGGAAAAAGAGAAGAAGUACAUGCUUCCUGUGGACAACCUGAAACUGAAGGACAUCGAGAAGAGCUUCAUGUCCAGCAAACACAUCUUCGCUUUGUUCAGCACCGAGCACAGGAAUGUGUACAAGGACUACCGGCAGCUGGAGUUGGCGAGUGAGUCACAGGAGGAAGUUGACAGCUGGAAGGCUUCUUUCCUACGAGCCGGAGUGUACCCUGAACGCACCGUGGACAAAGAAAAGGUGGAGGCGGAAGAGUCCAGUGCUGAUGGGCAGAUCCACAGUAUGGACCCUCAGCUGGAGCGACAGGUGGAGAUCGUCCGGAACCUGGUGGACUCAUACCUGGCCAUCAUCCACCGCACUGUCAGAGACCUGAUCCCCAAAACCAUCAUGCACCUCAUGGUCAACAAUACAAAAGAGUUCAUCCACUCUGACCUACUGGCUCAACUGUACUCCUGUGGAGACCAGAACACAUUGAUGGAGGAGUCCCAGGAGCAGGCCCAGCGGCGUGACGAUAUGCUCCGAAUGUACCAUGCCCUGCGAGAGGGCCUGCACAUCAUCGGUGACAUCAGCACCACAACUGUUACCACGGCAGCACCUCCACCUGUUGAUGACUCGUGGCUGCAGGUGAUGGGGAUGCCGUCUGGACGCAGGUCUCCAAUGUCCAGUCCAACUCCCCAACGUAGGGCCCCUCCGGGUCCUCCUCGACCGGGGGGCCGCGCUGCCCCGGGCCCUCCAUCUCGUCCCGCUGUGUCACCUGAUCCAGGACCCCCGCCCUCGGUCCCUUCACGCCCCAACAGAGCGCCCCCACCUGGAGUCCCGAGUCGUCCCAGUAAAGGUAGCCCCGCCCACGGAGAAAGCCCCCAGUCGUCUAUUGAGGGCUAACGUGAAGCGAGUUUGUGUUUGUGUCUUUGUUGAACUGUGCUUCUGUGAAUCUUAUUAAUAAUAAUUAUUAGAAGAUGUUGAUGAAUU